AGACGGGUGCCUCUGAGCCGCCAAGGAGAGGUCACACCACUUGAUCACGAUGGGGAAUAGCUCGGCCAAUAGACCUGCCACCCCUCGGCUGCGAGGCCUUGCUUUUUAACUCCCUGGCCACACCAGGGUUGGUGGGCUUCCGGCCGGAGGCCAUUAGAUGGGACACCGGAAGGCGGAAGUCCUAGAGCGGAAGUGGUCGUGAGAAGAGAAGAAUGGCGGCGGAAGCCUGGUUUUGGCGCUGGGGCUGGGGCCGGCGGUGCCUGGGAAGGCCUGGGCUUCCCGGCCCCGGCCCUGGCCCCACUACAUCUCUACUUCUUGUUUUUCUUCUUUUUCUGGGGCUGGUGACUUCAGAUAUAACUGAUGGCAACAGUGAACACCUCAAGCGGGAGCAUUCGCUCAUCAAACCCUACCAAGGAGUCGGUUCCAGCUCCAUGCCCCUCUGGGACUUCCAGGGGAGCACUAUGCUCACGAGCCAGUACGUGCGUCUGACCCCUGACGAACGCAGUAAAGAGGGUUCUAUCUGGAAUUACCAGCCCUGCUUCCUCAAGGAUUGGGAGAUGCAUGUCCACUUCAGAGUUCACGGCGCAGGGAAGAAGAAUCUUCAUGGGGACGGCAUUGCCUUGUGGUACACCCGGGAUCGCCUCGUGCCAGGGCCUGUGUUUGGAAGCAAAGACAACUUUCACGGCUUAGCCAUCUUCCUGGACACAUAUCCCAACGAUGAGACCACCGAGCGCGUGUUCCCGUACAUCUCGGUGAUGGUGAACAAUGGCUCCCUGUCCUACGACCACAGCAAGGAUGGGCGCUGGACGGAACUGGCGGGCUGCACGGCUGACUUCCGCAACCGGGACCAUGACACCUUCCUGGCUGUGCGCUACUCCCGGGGCCGCCUGACGGUGAUGACUGACCUGGAGGACAAGAACGAAUGGAAGAACUGCAUCGACAUCACUGGAGUACGCCUGCCCACCGGCUACUACUUCGGAGCCUCGGCUGGCACUGGCGACCUGUCUGACAAUCAUGACAUCAUCUCCAUGAAGCUGUUCCAGCUGAUGGUGGAGCACACCCCUGAUGAGGAGAACAUCGACUGGACCAAGAUUGAGCCCAGUGUCAAUUUCCUCAAGUCUCCCAAAGACAACGUGGACGACCCCACAGGGAACUUCCGUGGUGGGCCCCUGACGGGGUGGAGAGUGUUCCUGCUGCUGCUGUGUGCGCUCCUGGGCAUCAUAGUCUGCGCCGUGGUGGGGGCCGUAGUGUUUCAGAAGCGGCAGGAGCGGAACAAGCGUUUCUACUGAGCAAGCGCAUAGGGCGCUUGGCUGGGGAUGGGCCUGCCUUGGGCCUCAGGCACUAAUGUGAACUUUUUUUUACUUCGAUUGUAAAAGAAAAACAAGACAACCUUAUUUCUUAACUGUUUCAAAGAAAUAAUUAAAGUAUUUUCUUACAUUUUGCUUCUUGCCCAGCCAGGACAGGUGGCAGGGCUGGGGAGUAAGAUUUUGGCAUCCCCACAGCUGGCAGCAGGGAGCCCCCUCCCUGUUGCUGGCAUCUCAGGACAGAGAGGCCUGGGGUAUGGGCCGGAGCUGGAUGUGACCCUGCAGGACUUUGACGGGGCCUCCUCGGGACACCAGCCCUCAUUCCGUUUGUGGUGUGGUGUGUGUGGCCGCACAGAGGCCCAAGUUGGGGGACCUGGGCUUUUCUUUUCACCCUCUGAGCUUCUUUUCAAGGCAGGCCGUGGAGUGGGGGGAGAGGAGGAGCACUCAGUGGGGCCGAGUGGGCCCCUUUGAUAAAAAUAAAGUGAAUUACCCAAACUCAGUGUGUAACUGUCCUGAGGGCUCACCUUUCUUUCUCUUCUGAUGAUGUCCAGCUGGCUGGUGCCGGCAGUGCUCAGCCUUGCCUCGUCUGGCCUGCACACAGCCCCCAAGGUAGGUACUAUGGGACCCCCAUUUCCCAGGUGGGGACACCAUGGCUCUUGGAGGUCAAGCAAAACCUGCCUGGUGUUACACAGCACUGGUGUGGAGAGGACAGACCCAGAUGGCCUGCCCCUCGCCCUGGGCUGUCUCUGUGCCAUCACUAGGUGCUCCGCGUAUCUGGGUGAGAGGACCUGGUGUGGGAGGUGUGGAGUACUACGCAGAGGGCUCAAGGCCAGGACGCGGGGGAAGUGACAGGGAGCUCUGGGGUGAUCUGGAGGGGCUGAGGGACAGGAGGGCAGACUGGAGUCAGUAGUGAUGUUUGAGUUGCCUUGGGGAGAAAGAUGGUACCAGGGGUGGGAGCAAACCAGCAACUGACAGGGAAGGGCCGUGAUUGGCAGUGCCCAGUCCUGCCGUUGUCAGCCCAGAGCUGCCCAAGCUUGGGUCCUGUUUCUGUCCCUCCUUCAGCACCUCGCAGAGUUGAUGGUCCCUCCUCUUCAGCGUCUCCUUCCCAUUCACGGCUGAAUAACAUGUGAGUCUCCCAUCUUAACAGCAAAAGCAAAACCUUUUCUUUUCGAGCCAGGCUUUUUUGUAAUUAAUAUUAUCAAAUAGAAAAAAAAAGUCUCAUAAAAAUUCGGUAGAAGUACACGAAGUGAAGAGUAAACAUUUAUUUUCUCUCACUUCUUCCGUCUCACUCUGGAGCUCUUCGUUCAUCUACCCCGUCUCCUGUAUCCUUCGUAAUGUGCUCUGUGCACGCACAGAAAUUCCUCUCUCAAAUCAGGCGAGAUUUCAAAAGAUUGAACAUGAGUUCACGGUGACUGUGAGGCUUCAACUGUGUUUCCUUCACGUGGAUCUGUGAGCCUGAAGAGCAAACAUGGUCCUCCUUACUGAAAUAUUUUAUUGAUCACUUUCAGUUUCUUGAAGAAACAGCCAACACUGAGUGCUUACUGUAUGCCAGGCAUCGUUCUAUGCGGUUGACGUGUAUGAGUUCAUUUAGCCCAACAUUUACCUGCAUGGGUACUAGAAAUGCCUUGGGAUGGGCAGCUCCCGCCUCCCCUCUGAAUGCUGAGGCCCAGAAUCUGGAGCUUUCCAAGGCUGCUGCAGCCUUUCCUCAGUGCCACACUCCCUACACAUAGCCUUAAGAUUUUGGCUCUCACUAGGCCUUCCCUGAGUUCCUGAGUCAUUUAGGCAAGCUGGCCUCUCGACCCUGUGGUUCUCAAACUUGGUUGCAUGUUAGCAUCAUCUGGGAACUAAACAGAGCUGCCUCGUUCUCAGAUUCUGGGGCAGUCAGUUGGGGAGCCUGGCCAAUGGCAUUUUCCAGAGCUCCUUGGGUGGCUCUGAUGAGCAGCCUGGCUGGAGAGCCAGUGGCAUUAGACAGGAUUAGUCUGCGCAGAGAUGGAAGCUGUCAUGCUGUCUGUCCUUGGUGGGCAGGCUGGUACCCCUUCCCACUGGGACACAGUCUUGUUUGCCCCCAGAAGUCAGUAGCUUCAAAGUUCACACCUAGAGGUGCUUCCGUGGGAGGUCAGUUGUGAGCUUUUUGCAUUCUCACACACAGGACCGUCAUGUACCCACUGCUCUUGCUGUGUGUUUAAAAAAUGGAAUUAUUGUACCAUCUGAAAGUUAAAUAUAAAUGUAUAUCCAUGUACCUGCUAUGCAAUGUAAGAAAUAAAACUUUGCCACACAUGUGGAUCCUUGGUACCUUCUUUAAACGCUGUCAAAUCUGGCCUUUUAUGAGUUUUUUAACAUUUCACCACGGAGGAAUAUAUCCCUAAAUACAGUGUUGUUUUGCAUUUUUAAAACCUGUAGAUGGUAUUCCUUAACCUCUGAAGCUCAACACUGCAUGUUCACAUCCACUGGAUGACUCAAGACGGGCCUUUCUCGCUGUUGGGUUUUGUUGUGUGAACGUGCCGCAGUUCACCCACUCUGCUCCUGAUGGACUUUCAGGUGCUCCCAGUUUUUUGCUGUUAACGCAAUGCUGCUCCAGGCGUUCUGGAACGUGGCUUCAUGCACAAAGGUGCCGGAAUUGCUGGGUUGUAACUUACCACACAGCCUCAGCUUUACUAGCUGUUGCCAAGCUCCUGUCCAAAGUGAGUUUUAUCAGUUUUACUCCUGUAUCGAGUGCUCUGCCACCCAGUUCCUAACCCAAGGUGUUGUCAGAGAUAUUUGACAAUCACAUGGCUGGAAACUGUUCUUCCUUUCUCUACUAUUUGGAUUUAGGAUCUUUUUGUUUAUUGGUCAUUUGUGUUUCCUUUUUGAUGGUUUACUUUUUGCCCCUUUUUCUUAGUGAUAGGAGCUCUUUCAUGGUGGUCCUUGGUCGCAUGCAUUGCAGAGACCUCCCAGUACAGCUUGUCUUUUGGCUUUUCUAGUGUCGUUUGAUGUCCGUUCUACAGUCUAUUGUCAGAUUUAUUCAUCUUUUCCAAAGUUUGUUUUUUCCUAAAAGUUUAAAAUUUUUGCUUUUCAAAUUUAGCAGCGAAUCUCCCUGGAAUUAAUUUUUGUGUAGGGCGUGAUGUAGGGACUCGGUUUUCCCUGCUGUGGGUAACCAGUUGUGCCAGCACCAUUUAUUGAAGAAUCCAUCUUCCUGUCCCUGAACCACAGCACCACCUGAGGCCUGGGCAGCACCCACUCCUAAGACUGCUGCCUUGCUUACCUCCUCCUCUUUGGAGGCUGGAGGGCUAAAUGUUUAGCUGGACUUCCCAGCUCCUUCUGAACAAAGGUGGCCAUGUGACAGCUGUGGCGGACGAGACCUAGAGGCAUAUGCUGAGGAGGCUCUGGGAUCGGUUUUGGUUCCCCAAAGAAAAACUUGUCAGACGGCAGCUGGAGUGGCCGUUUGCCCGUCCCCAGCUUCCCACCUGGGAUGUGGAGGUGACCCCUGGGGGUGCAGAAGCAGGAGCCGCCUGUGAUCACAGGGGAAAAGAGGAGCUCAAGGGAGCAUGGGUCUUUAGUGAUGUCUGAGGUGCUGCCCCAGCCUGGACUGCCUGCAGCUGGAUGUUUAUGUGAGAAAAAUAAACCUUAUGUGUUUAAAGGACUGAGUCUCGUUUUCUGCUGUUUGUUGCCAAAAAUAGCCCUGACUGUCUGCCAGUGUGUAUGUAAUAACAUUACUUUUCUUCCUUUCAUGCACGGCUCCUGGACUCCACCUAAGACUCGCCAGUUCCUCAGGUUGACUCUGCAGUCAAGAUUCAUACUGUUUGGACUAAGACUAUGUCUGUCUUCUGAACCUUGUGAAGAUUUAUAAGCCCCCUCGAAGUAACUGAAGCUUAGGAGACAUCACACCCAAUCACCUCUUCCCAUGUCUUCCGACAACUGCAGGCAGGAGGAGGGGCAGUCCCAACACAUACAAGACCAAAAAGUUUUCUGUAGUCUGGAGAAGUGGCCACUUACAUAUUUCACCUGUCUUAAUAUAUGAUAAA